GGACCACUGAGAAGGCACAGUGGAAACAUCUCUGCCCAACGCUCUAGCAAACAUCCACCAGGCGUUUGAAAUCCUCCCAGGGAAACCAUGCGUUCAGCAUAAUGUUCGCUGACGUUGCAAUUCAGAAGUUUUCGUUUCCUUUCACCCGUGCUGUAAAGCUUUCUUCAGAGGAGACGGUGACUCAGAAAGGAUGCACACUAGUGAAAUCCUCAGAGCUCCGUGAACUCAAAGACAGUCCAACUGUAAACAAACACAGCCGUGCUACUGCUUCACGUGCACUUGUGCACAAUGACAACCAGAAGCAGGACAGCACAAAGCUUCUGCCCGGGGCAGACAUGGCUGCAGGCCUGGUCUCGGUCUGCGAUAACGCCUCUCAGUGUGCCGUGGUUUCCAGACAGAGCAUCUGUAUGAGUGUCAAAGAGGAGAGUGAAGACCAGCGUCCAGCAGCAAAGAGGCAGCUGUCAUCUGAGAGUGCAGCAAGGAGCAUCACCACAGUGAAGAAGAGUGCUGUGAGGAAGGAGGUGGAUCAGCCUAGACAGGCGCGUUCAAGAGUCCAACCCACUCCAUGUGCCGGCAAAAGGAAGCACAGAAAGGAUCUCUUCAGCAGCUCAGAGGUCUUCCACAGGAUUGACUCACAUGUCAUCCGGACAGGAUUGGAGCUGAAAGGAAAGCACGUGUAUGAUGUGAAGACCAUCGUGCACAACAUCACACGUGAAAGCAGAGAUGAGCUGGAGAGGCUACGGGCCAUCUGGGUCUGGCUGUGCCACAACAUCGAGUACGACGUGAGCGGAUACCUCGGCCGCUCUGAGAGGCUGAGCUCCCUGGAGGAGGUGAUCGCUGCAGGACGCGGCGUUUGCUGCAGCUACUCCAAUCUCUGCACAGAGAUGUGCAGAGAAUUGGGCAUCGAGUGCCAGGAAGUGCCGGGACACAGUAAAGGUGUGGGCUACCGGCCCGGCCAGAGCCUCAGGCAGGUUAAAUCGGAUCACCUGUGGAACGCUGUGUUCCUGGGAGGACAGUGGUUGCUCCUGGAUGCCUGCUGGGGGGCUGGAAGAGUAGAUAUGGAACAUGAAAGCUUUGUCAGAAGGUUUGAUGAUUUUUACUUCCUGACGGAUCCAGAGGAAUUCAUCGAUUCCCAUUUCCCAGAUGAGGAGAAAUGGCAGCUGCUGGACACGCCCAUCACCCUGGAGGAGUUUGAGAGGAGGGUCUUUAAGACGUCAGCCUUCUUCACCUUGGGGCUAAAGCUGAUCAAUCCUCAUCACUUUCACAUUGUUACAGAUGACGGCGAGGCAAACGUGUCCAUUGGUUUCUCCAGGCCGACAACCUUUACCUAUGAGGUCAUGCAGCACAGGGACCUCCUCCACUGUGGAGUUCUGGAACAAAAAGAGUCCAGUAGCUCCUCCUUUGGCAUUCUCACAGUCUCCCAUCGGAGCAUGAACCUGCAGCUCCUGCCACCUGCAACUGGAAGCUACGACUGUAAAGUCUUUGCACGAGUGGAAAAAGCUAGCGGCCCUCUGGUGUGGGUUUGCUCCUUCACAGUGGAGUGUCCGGCUCCAAGAGCCAUGGAGGUGAUCCCAGAGAACCCCUACCUGUCUUGGGGAAUGCAGCCUGUUGCAGCUUCGCUGGGUGUGGCCGGCUGCAGUCAGAGCGCUGAGGUUGCUGAGGUGGAUAAAGGCGUCUUUGACCUGGUGUUGAAGAGCUCCCGGCCUCUGAUGCUGCUGUGUGAACUGGUCCAUCCACAGAUGGAAGCUGCUAUAGCCAAGCGCUGCCUGGCAACACAGAUCCAACCGGACAGUCUUCUCUGUCAUGUCUUGUGCCCCUUCCCUGGUUUCUACCGGCUCUCUGUGUUUGUUCGGGACUAUGAGAAGUCAGACAUGAAAUUCCAGAAUGCUGCAAACUUCCUGCUGCAUUGCAAAGGGAAGGUUUGCCACCUGGAUGAGCUGUUUCCCUCUAACCUGGGCUCAGCAUGCGGGCCUGGAACCCGCACUGCUGAGGCGGGGCUGUCCAAGUUCAGCCAUAAUGCUUCUGUGGUGAGCAUCCAGCAAGGGAAGUGCAACAUCACCUUCCACAACCAGAGGGACCUGGAGCUGCACUGCACGCUCAGCAGAGAGGAGAGCAAAGCUCCAGCGCUUCCGCUCUCUCGUCACUUGUUGUGCACGUACACGGACUCCAAAGUGACAGUGAGCAUCAGCCUGCCUGAGGUGGGGGUGUACCGGCUGGGCCUCUAUGCUCGCAUCGGUCCCGGUGGAGAGUUCAGCCCCAUGUGUGACUUUGUUCUGAGGAACAGCUGUGCGCUGGCGGGCCUGCCGUUCCCCUGCAUCUACUCGGCGUGGAGGAAAGGCUGCGUUCUCUUCGAGCCCCGCUCAGGCCUGCUCGAUCCGCUCUCCAGGGUCCACUUCAGGGUGCGAGUUCCCGGAGCCCUGAGGGUAAGUGUGGUGGGAGAGACAAGAACUGAUCUGACACUGAACAAAAGCAGAGUCUGGGAGGGGGAGGCUUUCACUGGAGAUGCCCUGCAGCAGUUGAAACUGGCAGCCUCUUUCGGAGAGUCGAGUGAUAUGGCUGUUUUGAUGACUUUUGACACAAAGCAGCUGGAGAGCAAAGACUGAAAUCAAACAGCCGCUUCAUGAAAGCUGCUGACAAGGACAGAUACGCAUCAGUCUGUGGUUUCAAGUUUCUGCAAAUAACUUAAACUGUGAGCUUUGGCAUUUCAGGUUUAUUUCAUUCAGCACUACAAAGGCAGAGCCAUGUUGAUGCAAACUGAGUGUAACUUAAAUUGAACAUGUUUGUCAAAUAUGAUCCAGGUUGUUCUGAGUACAAACCUGAUUUUUUGCUCUGGUGCUUAUAUGGAUCAUGGGUGCAUAAUGUAAAGAAAUGAAAAUAUGCAUUACAAAAGGAACGUUGUCCAAGGGCAUACAAUAAAAAUACUGUGAAGCCA